CGAAAUAAAAAUCAACACUUGCUACUAUUCAACUCUCUGUCCCUUCCCGGAGUUUGUAAUUUUGCUGCCACUCUCUCAUCUUUUUAAUCCUCCGCUCAGCUUCUCGCCAGAGUAUCCCAGACGGUGUCUCCGACGUGUCUGUACCGUCUCUCUCUCUCUCGCUCUUGUUCGGUUCCAUCUCUACGGAUUAGGGAUCUCGAUUUGUUUUGAAAUAGCUAAUCAGUUUCAUUCAACAUCCAUCCCAAUGGAUAACCACUCUGUGUUGCCGACUACUGCCACCACCGGUCUUGUGUUUCCGGCGAACUACGGUAUUAAACCUGAAGCUGCUUUGGUCAUGGAUUGGUCCCCUGAGGAGCAGUAUGUUUUGGAGAACGGUCUUGCAAAAUUGAAAGAUGAUCCGAAAGUUUCAAAGUAUGUGAAGAUCGCUGCAGCUCUGCCUGAUAAAACUGUAAGGGAUGUAGCAUUGAGGUGUAGAUGGAUGACGCGAAAACGAAGAAAAAGAGCAGACACUAGUGCUGGGAAGAACAUUAGCAAUAUAAAGGUGGUGGAUACAUCCCCAGAACUGAACAUGCUAGCCAAUGUGCCACAACAAAAUGCUGUAUAUGUCAUGAACAAUAUGCGCCACAGUACACAUAUUCCUUUUGAAGGUCCAAGUGACGAAGUAAUGGAUCUUCUACAGCAAAAUGCUCAAGCUUUUAGUCAAAUUUCUUACAACCUCUCGGCGUACAAGUUGCAGGAUAACAUCAGUCUCUUUUAUCAGGCAAGAAAUAACAUCAGCGCCAUUCUGACCGACAUGAAGCAGAUGCCUGGUAUCAUGAGUCGGAUGCUGCCUCUACCUGUUUCAGUUAACGAUGAUCUUGCCAGUCGUUUAUUUUCGAGUACAACACAGCCAAGAUCAUACACCAUUAAACCAAGCAUCCACCUAAAGCAAGAGCCGAGAAUUUGAUGGGGGGGAAAGCUGGACUUUGGCCGAUGCUAAAGAAAAUAACACAAGUACAUGGUACGUGGAAAAUGUUUCCGUGAUCGACAUGACACAGACACACGAGGGUUUAUCAACUGCAAACACCGCUCCAGGACACACACACAAGACUUGUGCUCUGAGAAGAAUGAACUACAAGCUGCGUGAGGCCAAGGUAAAAAAUCUUUGGCCUUCACUAGAACAUAAGAUUCCUUGAAGUUCACAAAAGAGUUCCGGCAUGGGUUGAUGGAACAUUAAAGCCCUUUGCUGUAAUCAUGUUGAUGCUUAAAUUAGUAUAAUGAACUGUUCUUCUGAGUUUGGUAUGUGUAAUACUAAUUCUCGUUCAGGUAAUAUUUUGUAACAGUAUUAAAAGUUUAAAUUAUAUGAAACCAUGGCAACA